UCCAGGCGCCUGCGCAGACCCUGAAAACCGGCCAGGGUGGCCCCGAGCUUUCCUUUUCCGGUUGCGGCGCCGCGCGGUGAGGUUGUCUAGUCCACGUUCACAGCCAUGCCGUCCAAGGGUCCGCUGCAGUCCGUGCAGGUCUUCGGACGCAAGAAGACAGCUACAGCUGUUGCGCACUGCAAACGCGGCAAUGGCCUCAUCAAGGUGAACGGGCGGCCCCUGGAGAUGAUCGAGCCGCGUACCCUCCAAUACAAGUUGCUGGAGCCAGUUCUGCUUCUCGGCAAGGAGCGAUUUGCUGGUGUGGAUAUCCGGGUCCGUGUGAAGGGUGGUGGUCACGUGGCCCAGAUUUAUGGUGAGUCCUAUGAACUGGGCGCCGGAGGGAGGUGGCUCUGGGAGGGAGGCCUUCAGAAAGCUCCCGUACCCUUUAACUUUGUGUCUUCCUCACAGCUAUCCGUCAGUCCAUCUCCAAAGCCCUGGUGGCCUAUUACCAGAAAUAUGUGGAUGAAGCUUCCAAGAAGGAGAUCAAAGACAUCCUCAUCCAGUAUGACCGGACCCUGCUGGUAGCUGAUCCCCGGCGCUGUGAAUCCAAAAAGUUUGGAGGCCCUGGUGCCCGUGCUCGCUACCAGAAAUCCUACCGAUAAGCGCAUCCUGAUGAUCAAAGUUCACCUGUAUAAUAAAGUUCUUGAGGGAUUUUACUGUUUCAAGAA